AUGAGGGAAAAGGCGGCAUUCCGUGGCACGACGAGAUAUGCUAGUAUUGGUGCUCUUGAAAUGGUAUCUGAGAACCUCUCUUUGUGUUGGCAAGUAAUCGAAAUGUUCUUCAAAGUGAUUGAAAUGCUUGUUAAGAAAGACCAGUGUCGAAAAGAUGACGUCGAGGCGUGGUGGUAUAUGGUAUUGGAAUGGAUGAUAGGGCAGCUGCCAUGGAAACAUUGUCGUGGAGCUGAUCGAGCCGAAGUGAAGAUGUUUAAGCAGCAACUACGAUUAGAAUCAAAUCUAAAGAAGGUCCUGAAGCACACUCCAAAAGAAUACAUGGCAAACAUCAUACUAUAUAUUGAUACACUAGAGUACAAUUCUAUACCAGACUAUGAUCACAUCGC